UAAAGUCCGAUGUAUUCCGAGUUGAUGUAAACAGGUAGCAAGAAGCUAGCAGAAGGCUGGUCGACCCUUGUACAAAAUGACUGUUAAUAUGUUCUUAAGGGCAUAUUGAUUUUAUAUAACAUAAGUGCAGAUGGAGUAGGAAGACAGCAAUAUAUGGUGUAACGUCAAAGAGAAGAGUAUACCAUGUUACUGAAGGAAUAUAGAAUAUGCAUGCCAAUGACAGUUGCAGAGUAUCGAAUUGGUCAGCUGUACAUGAUAGCCAAACACAGUCAUGAACAAAGUGAGAAGGGAGAAGGUGUGGAGGUGAUCAAGAACGAGACGUGUGAACACCCGGUUCAUGGGCAGGGGCAGUUCACUGAAAAACGGGUACAUCUCUCAAGUCGCCUGCCUACUUGGAUACAGAAAUUGAUUCCUAAGAUAUUCUACAUAACAGAGAAAGCUUGGAAUUAUUACCCAUUCACUAUAACAGAAUAUACUUGUUCAUUUAUGCCAAAAUUUACAAUCUACAUUGAAACAAAGUAUGCUGACGACAAUGGAUGCAGUAAGAAUUUGUGUGGCUUGAGUGACUCUGACCUAAGGGAGAGAACUGUGGAAGAGCUGGAUAUUGCUUUUGAUAACAUUGCUGAAAAACACUACAAAGAGGCUGAGGAUCCAACAAAAUUUGUCUCCAAGAAGACAGGAAGAGGGCCUCUACAGAGAGGAUGGAGGGACUUUGUAGAUCCCAUUAUGUGCUCGUACAAAGCAGUAAAGGUGAAAUUUGAAGUCUGGGGACUCCAAACCAAAGUUGAAGAAUUCACUCAUCGAAGUAUCAGGGAGAUCCUGUUGUUGGGACACAGACAGGCAUUUACGUGGUUAGACGAGUGGUUCGAUAUGACAAUUCAGGACAUUCGAGAUUAUGAACAAAGAAUGCAUGCAGAGACAAACGAGAAAGUUCUAAGAUGACACAGAUGUUGCAUCUUUGGCCAGUAAUGGGAUGAAUUGGGUCAAUUUUGUUAAUUUAAUUGUUAUAAGUUAUAAAAGUCACUUAAUUUGUUUUAAUUAAGGUGUGACAUAAAGGAUCCUAAAAUUCCAUUUUUGUGACUCAACAUUAACCAUUCAUUACUAUAGAGACAUUGUUUGUUUUUGGUUUUUUUUCAAAUUCAUUUUGCAUUGUUUUUGAAGUAGGAAUAAUUCAUGUUGUUUUAUCUUAUUUUGUAGUUUAAUGAUAAAUGUAAGGCUCUGUCACUUAUAGUUUACAUGUAGCUUGCCAGCACCACAUACAAAUCAACUACAAUUUUCAGAUCUCAUAAUUAUGAUUUGGUUUACCAAUCAUUUCAAAUUUUAGUAAGCAUUGUUAGUUUUAAAUCUUGAUUUUUAAAAUUUAUUUCUAUAUUUCAUCAACAGAAGUCUAUUGACAUAUUAUAUGUGAUUUGUGAAUUACAUGUUAUAUACAUGUAUAUCCAGAAAAUUCACUUGAUUUUAUUAUUUUGUUGAAAACUUUACCAUGUAAAGUUUCCCUAGUUUUUUUGUGUGAAAAAAGUUGAAUAUGAGACAGUAUAGAUGAAUAUGUAUACUUGUUGCAAUAUGUUGCAUUUGAUUUACAAUGUUACAUUUAAUUAAUGCAGAAACAUUCAUUACCAGUUCAAUUUAAAAUCAAAAAUUUGUACUAACUCUUUAAUCACUCCUCUUAACACCCCUACACCUUGCUAGCUCUUACAUGUCAGUUCAAAGUAUAGAAAAUUCAUUGGCCCCAUUUUUUGUAAAAUUUAAAAUGUUAAGGCUUAAGGAACAUAUGACAAGAAAGAUAACUCUUACUUGGAAAAUUUCCUUUUGGAGACUUUUUGUGGUAUUAUAAAAAAUUGUUGGGAAAUAUAUUUCUUUUAUAUCAGAUGAUAAAAAUUACUUAUGCUAAUGAAUGUUUGUAAAUUCUUUUUAAAGAAAGGUGAUCCAGCAUUGAACUUAUUUUCAUAGUUGUUAUAUUGUUGUUAUACCCAAGCAUUUAUCAUAUUCAUCUGCAAUGUACCGUAUACCUCAAGUCCUUUUUACUUAUAAUGAGAGGGCCAAUAAGGGGGUCUAUGAAGAAGAGCUUACCGUAAUUCCUAUCAUUCCUAUUCACUAGCUGCCUCAAUGUGAAUGGAAAAUACUUCAUUACAAUAUUUAUAUUUAGGUUAAGGUCAUAAGCAGAAUUAAAAUACUACUAAAAAUAUUAAUCAUUGUAUAGCCAAUGUUUUAAUUGCCUUUGAACUCUUUAUUAAUAUAUUAGAUCUCUUGAAUUGUUAUUUAUUGAAGUUAGUAAGUUAUUGUUAAAGGUCACAUGAUUUUUAUUUUCUUAUGCUAUAUCAACGGAAUUUUCACAGCUACUGGUGAAGUCUUGAUUUAUUAGAUACAAGGUCAAAGGCAUGAUUAUUAAUAUCUACUAUUGGAAUUCUGGGUUUAUUUGCCAGUGGUACUUACUUAGUAUGUAUGAUUAGUACAUGUAAUACUGUUAGGAGACUGUCUGAGAUACUGUAUACAGGGAAAUAUUCACCCCCGUUUUAUUUUCACUCCCUUUGCCCUUGUUGUCAGCAGGUGUAUUAAGACUAAACAAAUUUCAAUGUUUUAAAUUAUUGCUCUUUAAAUAUAUACUGUGUCUGUGCGAAUUCAAGACAGGCAAAACUGUUUGCAAGGGUAGAAGUGCAAAAAUAACACGGCGAAAUUAACCCUGUAUACAGUACGUAUUAAACCUGAUGUUUUGUGCUGUGAAAAUUGUUAAGGAUAAUCUAAGUGGAUCUCUUCCUGCAAGUUAACAUUCCAUUAUUUAUGGAAAAAACUCUAAAAAUCUGAUGUAGUUAGCAAACAGGAAUUAGUUUAAAAAAGAAAUACCCCUAGGUAGUAUAUAAUAUUAUGUACAUACAUAAUGAUUUGAACUUGUUUAAACCCUCAAAAAAGUUAUAAAAAUUCAUUGUCAUUGGUAAUGGGUGUGUGGUUGUUUUCCAACAUUUACAUAUAAGGUAAAUGUUACCUUAAGUAUACAACUCAAAAUGUUUUACCAUAAUGUACAUGUAUAUAUGUAAACUUUUAUCUCAUCAUAGGAAUAAUGAUACAGCAGAAAAUUCUACUUUGCAAAUAAUUCCACAUAUUUGGUUUAUAUAGAUGGUUAAUGAACAUUUUAUUUUACAGCAAUUCACAAUUACUUUCAUAAUGAUCUCAUUAAUUAUCAUGUUAUGUGUUAGCAAAAUGUGCAAUAAUAUGAAUACAAAUUCAAUUUGUGUGUUAAUGAUGUAAUUAUCGAUCACCAUUUAUAGUGUAUUUUCAUUUUACUCCCUUCAUUCUUAAUGUUUUUGGUUAUUUAUAAAUGGGGGUGGGGUACAAUUCAAGAUCAGUCAGCUGUUGUUUUUAAAAGUUUGAUAAUUUCAGACAGUCAUUUUAUUUUUACAUUGGAAUCGCUCAUAAGUGUCCGUUAUUGGUCAAAUUUAGUGUAUUUGGUUUAAAGAGGCCCAAUGUGUAUUUGUAUUAAAUCUUUAAUAUUUUUGGCACAUUCAAAAUUGUGUUUUCGGUAUUUGUUCAAAAUGGGAACAUAAAGUUGGGUUUUUUUUGGGGACUUUAAAAUAUUGCAUAUUGAUGACUUCAGUUAUCAGGGUUAAUAUAAUUACAAGAUUUACUUCUUAAUUCUUACAUUUGAGAUAAAAACAAGUUAAACAACAAUAUAUAUAGCAUUAAAAUCUACAAGUUUG